AUGAACAGAGGUGCAAGCUAUCAGCUUCCAGACCUAACCUCCCUUGUCCGCGACUUUGAGCUGCACACAAAUCCUCAUUGCCACGCCAUUUCACUCACCUCUGGACCAGGGAAGUUAAUCAAUGAGCGCGAUAAAGCGUGUUGGCGUGGAAUGAAGGCGGGGUUGCUGGCCUCAUUGUGCUUCCCGACAUGCGACGCCCCGCAACUGAAAGACCUGGCUGACAUCAUGUCUGCGUUCAUCUGCAUCCAAGUGCGCUUAGUGGGUGCAUGCGACAUGGGAGAAUGUGGGUGGACGCCUUCGGAGGGGGAGGGUCAAAUGGGGUCGGGAGGCUGGGAGCUUCUUGCGCAGAAUGCCCUACUUGCUCGAUUGAUCCCACAGGUGAAGCGGCUUGCCUCGCGUGCGCCAGCAGACUGGGCCUCACGGCUGGAGAAAGCAUCACACGCUUUCCAUGCUGCCCAUCUGCAGCUAGUCGCGAAAUCCCCGCCACCGGAGAGUAUCGAAGCAUGCUUGGCUCUCCAUACAGACGCCAGUGGCUUCCGUAUAAUAUUCCUCUUAGCGGAGGUCAUUAAGGAGCUCCACCUCCCCCCAAACGUCCAAUUGCUAGAACAACUCGCAGACAGCGCGCUCAAGAUCAUCGUUGGAUCCCUCCAACUUGUCUCGUACAAUCUGCAUGCCUCCAAGAAGAGCAGCGGGAACGCCGUGGCCGUCGUCAUGUCUCUCAGGGAAAUAUCCCUGCAGGGGGCGCUCAAAGUCUGCAUGGGCGAAUGCAGGAAGAAUGUCGAGACGUACCGCACGGUCGAGCGCGCGAUUCUCGUUGGUCUCUCCGGAGAGGCGCCCCCGCCAAUGCCGCCACGUAAGCCCAGGCCGCUUGCAGGUCAUACUCGGGCUUCGAGUUCGAUCUGGUCCUGGAUUCCUUUCGUAGCUCCGCAGGAGGCUCCGGCACCGCCUGCCCCCGAGCCGGCUCCUCUUCUCCCUGUGCUAGAGGUCGAGGAAUGGGACGAUGAUGUUAAGGACGACGUGAGGUCGUAUGUAAACGGGCUGAGAGAUUGCGUCGUGGGGUAUAUCCACUGGUUAUACGAGACGGAGAUAUAUUUUGGACAGCUUGGGGACGAGGUCAGGGCUACUGGAUGGACAUUCCUACCCGUAGUUUCAUCGUAG